AUGCUUGCCUGGAACGGCAGUGAUGUGGCGGAGCCCGUGUUCAUCCUCCAGGGCUUUCCCGGGCUGGACCAUGUCCACUCUUGGCUCUCGGUGCCGUUCUUCCUUGCGUAUCUGGUAGCGUUCACUGGCAAUGUAACCAUUCUCUCUGUCGUCUGGACGGAGCCCUCGCUCCACCAGCCCAUGUACUACUUCCUGUCUGUCCUGGCACUGACCGACCUCGGCAUGUCCAUGUCCACACUCCCCACAAUGCUUACUGUGCUGUGGUCGGGUGCUCGGGAGAUCCACGCAAGCGCUUGCUACGCUCAGCUGUUCUUCCUCCACACGUUCACUUUCCUGGAGUCCUCCGUGCUUCUGGCCAUGGCCUUUGACCGGUUCGUGGCCAUCUGCCGCCCACUGCGCUAUUCCGCCAUCCUCACCAGCACCGUGAUUGGCAAGAUCGGCACGGCCUGCCUGCUGCGCAGCGUGGGGGUGGUUCUACCCACGCCUUUGUUACUGAGACGCUAUCACUAUUGCCGCAUCAACGCCCUCUCCCAUGCCUUCUGCCUACACCAGGACGUCCUGAGGCUGUCCUGCUCCGGUGCCAGGGUCAGCAGCGUCUACGGGCUGUGCGUGGUCAUCGCCACCCUGGGCGUGGAUGCGCUCUUCAUACUUAUUUCUUACGCCCUCAUUCUGAAGGCAGUGCUGAGCACUGCGUCCCGGGAAGAGCGGCUGAAGGCGCUCAACACCUGCGUCUCCCACAUCUGCGUGGUGCUCAUCUUCUUUGUGCCGGUCAUUGGGGUGUCAAUGGUCCACCGUUUUGGGAAGCACCUCUCUCCCGUGGUUCACAUCCUCAUGGCUGACGUCUAUCUGCUUCUCCCGCCGGUGCUGAAUCCAGUUGUCUACAGUGUGAGGACGAAGCAGAUUCGUCUAGGAAUGCUCCGCAAGUUUAGGAUAAACAGAAGCUUUUAA